AUGUUUGCUCAUUCUGGUGAAGCCCUUACUAAACGACUUCGAUCAAAAUCUUUUCGAGCUAUUCUUCGUCAAGAAAUUGCCUAUUUCGACCAAGAAAAACAUAGUACCGGCGUAUUAUGCACGCGUCUUGCAACUGAAGCAUCUGCUGUACAAAGUGCAAGUGGUGUUCGCUUUGGUUUGAUUCUUCAACAUAUUUUUGGAAUGAUAGUUGGAAUUCUAAUUGGAUUUGUAUAUUCGUGGCAGUUAACAUUGCUUAUGCUUGUUUUUCUUCCCUUUAUAUUAUUUGGAGCAAAUUCCGCUAUUUACUUUGCCAUAGCAGCCUUCAUUUCUUAUGGUACAUUUUUGUUUGAAGAACGUGCAGUUCCUUUCGAAAAUGGCUUUAUGGUUCUUAAUACUGUUGUUUUCGCUGCUCGAACUAUUGGUCAAGAGUUAGCACUAUUUCCAGACUAUGGAAAAGCAAUCGAAGCUGCUGAAAACAUCUUCAAGUUAUUGAAUCGAAAACCAGCAAUUGAUAAUGAAUCAAAUAAUGGUGUUAAAAUUACUGGCUUUACUGGGCAACUUGACUUUAAAGAUGUUUAUUUCAAUUAUCCGAAUAGACCCGAAUCAGCCAUUCUCAGAAACUUCAAACUUAAGAUUCAACCUGGUAUGUAAAAAUGUGCUUAAUUUAUUUUGAUCCUUGUAAAAAUUCGUUUUUUUCGUUUGUUUUUCUUAGGUCAAAAAGUAGCACUUGUUGGUAUGUGUACUUACUAACCGUUCUCUUUAAAAUGAAACAAUUCAUUUUCAAAUGUCAAUCUAUUUAGGUACAUCUGGCUGUG